CUUAAAAUUUGGUUAAGAAAAAUCAAAAGAUAUUCCGAUGUAUUAACCGCGCCAUCUUGGAUGCUGAAAAAAGCGUGUGGAAGUCUAAUAAUCAUUCAAAAUGUCACACACUAUCUUAUUGGUACAACCAAACAGUCGUCCAGACACAAGAACAUACUCAGAUUAUGAAUCGUUGAAUGAAUGUCUAGAAGGAAUCUGUAAAAUUUAUGAAGAACAUCUAAAGAGACAGAAUCCAGAUUGUCCAUCCAUUACAUACGAUAUCAGUCAGCUGUUCGAUUUCAUUGACCAACUAACAGAUCUUAGCUGUUUAGUGUUCCAGAAGAACUAUGGCAGCUAUGUUCCACAUAAUAAAGAUUGGUUAAAAGAGAAAAUUUAUAUAAUGUUAAGGAAACAAGCAGGGAAGUGAUAAUCAUCAUAUUUAUCAUUGUGUGACUGGGAGGAGAGACUCACUUUGUUAUGUUUUUAUACAUUUUGUUUAUGAGAGAUUACAUAAAGUGUUUUUUUUUGUUGUUGAUAUGUACAAAGAAACUUUUCUUACUGAAAUGUAUUGGAAAUAAAGCUUGUUUAUAAAUGAAAUAGAAGAAACUUUGAUUAAGUUAUAAAUUCUUGUACUUUUUAUGAUAAACUAAUUUAAAUAACAGCUGCUGGGUUUACAGGUGUGCAAUGGAGACCAGUACAGCAUUAAAUUGCUGGCUCAUUAGUUUUUAAAAGAUAUUCUAUACUUACAACAUCUAUGUCAUGAUCAUGUAUCAACAUUUAGAUUUUUGUUCUUUUGAACUUUUCUAAUAAUAAUGGGAACUGGUAGGUAUUUCUGAAUACUUCAAACUUUGUGAGAAAUAUAAAGGUAUUAAUCAAUGAAAUUGUUUGAUUUAAAAAAAAAUAUUGUUCAAUUGGAAGGGGUAUUAUCUAGUAGUGGUUUAUUUUAAUAAGUUUUGUGGGAUUCUUUUUAAUGUACAUGUAGUUCUUUUUUUUUUUAUCCUUAACUAACUUCUUACAAAAUGGAAGAAGCAUACACUAGUAAACAUAGUUUUUUGGGGACAAUUUAUACAUGCAGGUUAAGCCUUGGUGAUUAUUGUCAACUCUUUAUUGUUGGAAUCUAUAGUACAAAACUAUGAUAGCUUGUGGCUUAUUAAUUCUAUACUGUACAUCAUUAAUGAAAUAUGUUAUAAAACAUAUGAUGUUACAAAGGAAAGUUAUGAUGAUAUGGUACAUUUAUCUUAAUAAAUCGUCGCUUUUUUAAAUUGCAUUAGAAAAAACCUAAUUUAGGUUAGAUCUGUAUUAUACUGUACUGAAGCCAAAUUUAUCAACUGAUAAUGUUGAAUGGGGUAAACUGACCUUUCAAUUCUUAAGGCUAAAUAUCUAUUUUCUAGGUUAAUAAACCAAUUUAAGUGGCAACAAAGAAUUGUAAUUUGACUGGUACAUGUGUUUUUCAAAUGACCAUUAAAGAGAAAAUAUUUAUGAACUUAUUGCUUAAAACUCAUACAUUAUUCUUAGCAAUGUACAACAUAUUUUUUUUCACGUUUUUAAUUGCUGCAAGGAAUUAUAUCAAAGUUGAUUGUCUUUGUUAAUUUGGAUAAUUUCAGAAUUAGAUCAUGUGUAAAAGACAGAUUGAUCAAAAAUUGUGUUCAUGCUAGAACUAUUUAUGCCAUUGAUGAUGUAUGCUUGUUUUUCAUUCAUAUCAUAGUCAUUUCAUUUUGUGAAUAAAGUAGAAACAUUAAAUCAAUAA